AUAGAGCGAUGUAAUGAACAGCUAAACGCGUUGCUCUCUGGGAGGUUUGUUGCGAAGGGAAUAAAUUUUGAAGUUUCAGUUUUCCAGUCGCAACUUUCCGCCGGUAAAUCUCUGUUUUUCGCGCAUGAACAGCUCUGACGCCUUUCAGUCUAAGAAAAGGAUAAAAGAUGUCAUCCUCAGUGGGGUUUGGUCAGACUACAAAGAGAUACAACAUCCCCAUCGAGCACCUGGACUAUAAGUACAUCGAGGGGUGUGAGAAUGCGCGGGAGCUGGAGAAGAUUCUGUAUGAGCUGCGGUCGGGAGACGAGGGGAUCUAUCCUGAACUCAUCAGCUUCUGUGAGAAGAGACUGGAGGCUCUGAAACCUGACAGUAAAGCCCUGAGAGUAGACCUGCCUGCCAAGAGGCCGUAUGAUAUUGAUAAUAAAGAGUGGACAGAGAUCACCCAGGACAUUACAAGCUGGGAGGAGGAGAUUCAGCAGAAGGAGGAGGACCUGAAAAAGCAGCGACAGCAGGUGGUGCAUGAUGGGACACUUCCACCCAUCAGGGGGUCGGGACAAACCAUUGGGACCACUAAGCCUGGCUCCAGCACUACUCCAGCCAACCAGCAGAACAAGCCCUCCCAGAAACAAAAGGCAAGCCUGCCCAGGGACUACAAGGCUUGGGACAAGUUUGAUGUAGACAAGGAGUUAGAGAAGAUGGACCAGGACCAGGGAGUAAAGGUAGAUUCCAAGAACAUCACCCAGAACCUGACUAAGGUGAACAAGCUACAAAAGGAGAUGAACACCUCAGACAUGUCAGAUGAAGAGAAGUCAAGAAAAGCAGAGAGGGAGAAGGACAAAGGAAAUGAGGCCUUCAAAGCCAAUGACUACCUUGAAGCAGAGGUGUACUACACCAGGAGUAUCUCUAUUGUACCCUCUGCAGCAGCCUAUAACAACAGGGCACUGGCUAAACUGAGGCUGGAGAAAUGGCAGGAUGCAGUAGAUGACACUAAUGUGGUCCUGGAGAUGGAACCUGGCAACCUGAAAGCCCUGUUGAGAAGAGCCAUGGGUAGGAAGGGACUAGGACAGAGGGAGGAGGCCAUAGCUGACCUGACUAUUGUACUGGAACAGGAACCUCACAACCCCAAGGCAAAGGCCAUGUUGAAAGAAGUCCAAGAUCAAAAAGCCACUGAAAAAUCAGAAGAAGCCAAGAAGUCGGAGGAACUCCUGAAAAAUAUUCAAGAGACAACUUCAACUGAGGGGUCAAAGGGCAAAGGUCGCAGGAUGGUGAUCGAGGAGGUGGAUGGUGUCAUGGAUGUGGAGGGGGGAGACACUGAGUCGGAAGAGGAAGCUGAUGAUGCUCAAGAUGAGGGAAAUGAAGACACAUCUAAACCUGCAGAAAAUCUUCAGGAAGAGAAGAAAGUUGAAGAAACUUCUGCUGAAGCUAUCACAGAAACUACCACAACAGCAGCAGAACAGACCUCUUCAAAGGAAGCUCAAGAAGAAACGAAAAAUCCCGAAGGCACAGAAAAACCAUCUAGCACAGAAGAGACUGCUGUAACCAACGGUGAGGAAAAUGUGGCCCCUCCUGCUCCAGCCCCAUCACCCCCGCCUCCACUGCCAGAUGGUGUGGUCCAACUGAAGGAUGCUGGGAAUGCUCUGUACCAACAGGGCCAGUAUGCUGCAGCAAUGAAAAAGUACACCCAGGCCAUCACUGAUCUGGAGAAAGAAGAAGCAGACCACAGCCAGGGCCUGUCCACCCUGUACAGUAACCGUGCUGCCAGUAAGAACAAGGUGGGGGACGUGAAGGGUUGCCUUGACGACUGUGACCACGCCCUCCAGCUCCAGCCUCACUCCUGGAAACCCCUACUCAGGAGGGCCACAGCAUAUGAACAUCUGGAGAAGUUCAGGCAGGCUUAUGUGGACUACAAACAUGUGCUGAACAUCGACCCUGCUAACAUCCAGGCACAGCAGGGGUCACACAGAUCAGCACAAAUGCUGAAGGACUUGGAUGGACCAGACUGGAGGUCAAAAUUACCCAGCAUUCCCACUUACAGCCCUCACAGUGCAAAUAGAACUGUUUCCCCGGCAACCCCACCACCAACCAAUCAGAAACCAGAACCUAGUAAACCAGUAGCCAAUGAAAUCAAAGCACCUGAAGCUAAACAACCAUUGGUCAAUGGAGUGAAGGAGCCAUCAGCCCAGGAAGGAAAAGCAUCCAAAUCAAACAAAGAAAAGGAAAAUGCUGAAAAGUCUACAAGUAAAAAGGCAGAAAGUUCCAAAAAAGCACAAGAAACAAAGAAAGAGAAAGUGGAAGAAAAGAAGGAAGACAAGAAAAAAACUCCCACAAAAAGUGAGAAAAAGCAAGCAAAGUCAACAUCCCCUCGAGACACUUUCCUGCACUUUAAGGAGAAAGGAAACACCCUGGUCAAGAAAGGACACUUUGGACCAGCCACCCAGUGUUAUAACAAGUGUAUAGAGCUCUCACCUGACCAGGCUGUGGCUUACUGUAACAGAGCACUCUGCCAUCUGAAAAUGACCAGGCCUACUGAAGCAGAGGCUGACUGUAACAAGACUCUGGAGUUGGAUGACAAAAACAUCAAGGCUUACUUCAGACGGGCUCAGGCUAGAAAGAUGCUGAAGCGGUACAGUGAGGCGGCGAAGGACCUGACUGAGCUGCUGAAACUUGACCCUAAGAACAAGGCUGCUAAAACUGAACUGGACGAUGUGAAGGAGCUGUGGAGAAAGGAGCUAAGAUCUCUUCAAGACGGUAAGGAUAAGGAUUCUGGGAAGGCUGCAAAGGAUGCUGGGAAGAGCAGGAGGAGAGUAGUAGUUGAGGAGGGUGAGGACAGCGACAGUGAGGAGGAAACGACGGCGGAAGGUAUCAAGGGAGACCCCAUGGCACCUAAGGAGGGGCCCAAGGCUACGAGUCCCUCCACCAAGAGGAAGCUGAAGGCCAAAGUUGAGGAAGCUUCAAGGCAGGCCAAGAGCUCUCCGUACCUGUUCAUGACAGCCUGGAGUGCCCUGAAGAACAGUGAUGACAACGAGCUCUACCUGGGCCUGCUCAAGAGCAUCGCCCCUGAGGAGUUGCCAAAAGUUGUGAGUAACAAGAUGGAUGCUGAGAUGAUCAACAAGAUAGUCCAUGUCUUAAAGGAGGAGGAUGUCGUUAACAGAGAGCCAGCCCUGGUAUACCAGUAUGUCUACUACAUCACAAAGGUCAACCGCUUCAACAUGCUGAAAACCUUCCUCAGUGCCAAGGAUAAGAACUACAUCUGUUCUACCCUGAACUGCCUUCUGAACCAGCCCUGUACGGAGUACACAAAAGAUGACAUCACUGCGCUUAAGAAGGCAUUCGUUUUCUAAUGAUGUUCUGGUGGCCAACAUCGGGGAUCAACAUUGGUGAUCAACAUCAGAGGGAUAGCAAAUAUUCGAUGUCAAACAAAUAUCUAUUUCUAAGACAGUGAAAUGUUCUUGGGUUAGCCAUGAAGAGAUACUACUACUGGCUAUGUUUCUGAAUAUGGAAUUGCUAAGCUAAAAAAAAUGAUGAAAGUUAUGGAUGAGCUGACACAUAAGCUAAGGAAAACCUUAGUUUACAUUUCUAAGACACUUGAAUAUUGUGGGGCUAUUACCAUAAUGCCCCAACUUUGUAUGUGUAUGAUGAUGAUGAUGAUAACUACCAUCUUCUGAAGAGAUGGAAGGAUGCCUGCUACAGAUAACCAACUUGAGUGAUGCUGCUUGCUCCAUAUAUAGAUAUACGUACUUAAUGAAUACAAAAUGUUUUAAAAUGUGAUUCCACCAUUUGAUGUCGCAUCGGUAUGACAGGAGAAAUACAUUUAUGUUGUAGGGAUAAAAUCCAAGGAAGCUACAACCACACCAUCAAAUGGAAAUGGUUUCACAAACAACUACCUAUAGCAGCUCUAUAGCGUACAUGAUUGUACAUGUAGAAAGACUGCACACAAAUCCCUCCACUCAGUCUGACUGUACAUGCUUGUAAAGAUAGCAGUUAUUGUAAGAUACCAGAGUUUAAGAUGCAAAAGUCUUUUUGGAAAACCCAGUAAUGAACAAAUAGGAUGAAAUGUAAUGUGGGUAGCUGUACAUCCAGUUGUGAGAUUACUUUGAUGUUGUACAAAGAUAAAUUAGAAAAGUAUAACACUAAAGCAGAAAACACAUGAGGUCGAAGUUGCUCCCUGGUAAGAAUUUGUGUACAAUUGAAGACAGAUUCACUUGUCAGAAAUCUUGCCCUUCUUACAAUGCAGUACAUAAACUUUAAGACAAAUAACAAUUCUACUUAGUGCAGUGUUAGAAUAAAAGAGUCCAGUGGUAAUAAAUGUACAAGUUGUAAAAUAUGGACAUGAACAGGACUGUGCAAGUAGGUUGACUGGUUGUUACAAAAUUAUUCAAGAAGUGUGUUCUUGAGCACAAAAAAAACAGCUGAAAUGUAUAGAACAUGGAUAGAACUGGUUUGCUUUGAAUUCAUGACUUGUUAUUUUCUAGAUCUGUUGCAAGGGAAAUUAUUAGGUUUUUGUUGUCAUAGCACAAAUUUUGUAUUUGUUGUGUGUUUACUUUGUUCAAUGUGUAGUUUGGAUUAGAUGUUAUUGAAUCACAUUUAGUAUGACUGUUUGUUAUUGUGAAAUGAAGGAAAUAUUUAAAAAAUCGGUACACUUGAGUA